AUGUGCCUACAAUUGAAUGACUCAUGUUUGCCAGACAGCUCAAGAUGUCCAUCAGAGUCCACUUGUAUUAUUCAAGCGGACAAGAGGGCAAGAUGUGUUGCACUGCCAGGUCUAGGAGGCGACUGCGUGGCCACCAACUAUAGAUGUGCACUGAGCUACUCGUGCAUCGAUGGCGUGUGUGCACCCGAGUACUAUCUAGGCCUUGGCGAACACUGCUACACAAACAUCACCCAUCAAUGUGUCGAUAGUCUCCAAUGCAUACCACUUCAAACAUUUGUCAAAGGUGAAUUGGGUAUAUGCCAGAAUGAGCGAUAUCCAAAUUGUAGCAACGCGAAUCAGUGCAGAUACAACGAGACCUGCAGCAAUAAUAUUAGUAGUGGUAGUAGUACAUCGGAUCUAUCACAAGGUAUCUGUGUACCAUUCACCAAUGAUGGUGAUGAUUGCAAGUCCAGUGACACCUGCUUCCCAUCAAGCGCAUGUUACAACAACAAAUGUAUUCAAAAGUUCUCCCUGGACCUUGGAGGCAACUGUGCUCCAUCCGCUCAACUAUGUGAUGUAUCCAAGAAUCUCACCUGCAUUAAUGGAACUUGCCAGAGUAGGAGCCUGGCCCAGAAAUGUUCAGCCUUCUCUGAUUGCCAGACGUUGCCAGAAGAUCCAAAAGGAUUGAUGAUGUGCAUGUGUGAUGACACUUACAAUGUUGGUAGUGGAGUGUGUCUGACACAUGUCAACAUCUAUCAAGAGGAUAAGUACAACUACAUCAACUACUUCCAAUGUCUACAAAAGAACAAGUGUCAUCACAUCAAGAAUAUCGUACCAGAGAGCUGUGCCUACAAGUGUGGCAAUCCACUACUCCAAGCAACAAACUAUCAAUGUGCUACCAAACUACUCAGCCGCAACAACAGCACCUCCAAUGGAUCACCAUCAUCAACUAUCCAUCUUCUUGGAAACUAUCACAUAGCCAUACUCAUCAUUUUUAUUGGCUCACUCAUUCUUUAA